AUGAGUGAAGACGCAAGCAAAUCAUUUUCAAAGUUGUCUUUGAAUCCUGGUGCCACUGAAUGGAAGCCCAAUUUAAAUGCAAGAAGCUUCGUUCCUUCAUUUGGUGCAGCUCCCGCUCCUGCUCCCAAAGUAGUAAAGCUUCCUGAAUCCACUCCUGCACCUGCACCUAAAGUCGAAGAACCCAAGAAGGAAGCACCUAAAGCUGAAGCACCAAAGCCCAAGCCAGCCGCUGCUGCUGCUUCUAAACCUGCUGCUCCCGCUGCUAAACCUGCCGCAGCUGCACCAGCCAAGAAGGCGCCUGAACCUGCUCCUCAAGAAGACGAAGAAGAAGUUGAUGACGAAAUUGCUGCUGAUUUGUACGGUAAAGAGCACUUGAAUGUUGUCUUUAUGGGUCACGUCGAUGCUGGUAAAUCCACUAUGGGUGGAAACAUCCUUUACUUGACUGGUAUGGUCGAUAAGCGUACCUUGGAAAAAUACGAAAAAGAAGCUAAAGAAGCCGGUCGAGAAUCAUGGUAUCUUUCUUGGGCCUUGGAUACAAAUGCAGAAGAAAGAGCCAAGGGUAAAACUGUCGAAACAGGAAGAGCUUACUUUGAAACAGACAAGCGUCGUUAUACCAUCUUGGAUGCUCCUGGCCACAAGAACUUUGUUCCUAGUAUGAUUCAAGGUGCAUCUCAAGCUGAUAUUGGUGUUAUGGUCAUCUCUGCUCGUAAAGGUGAAUUCGAAACUGGUUUUGAACGUGGUGGUCAAACGCGUGAGCACACUAUGUUAGCCAAGACGUCAGGUAUUAACAAAUUGAUUGUUGCCGUCAACAAGAUGGAUGACCCUACAGUCGAAUGGGAUAAGUCAAGAUAUGAUGAAAUUAUCGCCAAAUUGACACCUUUCUUGAAGCAAACUGGUUACAACCCCAAGACAGAUGUUCAUUUCAUGCCCUUAUCUGGAUUUACUGGUGCAAACAUUAAAGAUUGUGAUCCCAAGUCAUGUCCCUGGUACGAUGGACCUUCCCUUUUAGAUUACUUGGACGCUUUCAAGCCCACAGACAGAAAGGUUAAUGCUCCUCUCAUGAUUCCUAUUUCUGAAAAGUACAAGGAUAUGGGUACCAUUGUUGUGGGAAAGAUUGAAUCUGGUCACGUCAAGAAGGGAUCUCGAGUGAUGCUCAUGCCUAACAAGCAAUCUACCGAAGUUACUGCUAUCUAUAAUGAAACAGAAGAAGAAGUUGAAGCUGCUUUUUGUGGUGACAACGUCAGAAUGAGAUUAAAGGGUGUUGAAGAAGAUGAAGUCAUGCCCGGUUUUGUUCUUUGUAGUAAGAAGAACCCUGUCCAGACGACAACAGUCUUUGAAGCACAAUUAGCCAUUCUUGAACAUAAGAGCAUUAUCUGUGCUGGUUACACUGCUGUCUUACACGUCCAUGCCGCAGCUGAAGAAGUCACUAUUUCAGCUCUCUUACACUUGAUUGAUAAAAAGACUGGCAAGAGAUCCAAGAGACCACCUCAAUUCGUCAAGCAAGGUCAAAAGGUAAUUGCUCGUAUUGAAACUGCUGGACCUCUCUGUGUUGAACCAUUCAGCAAGCUGCCCCAAUUGGGUCGCUUCACCUUGCGUGAUGAAGGAAAGACAGUUGCUAUCGGAAAGAUUACAAAAGUUUUGGAAACAGAUAGCCAAUAA